AUGUCAUCGUCGACUAACCGGGUACCUAGGAAGAAGGUAGCCAUCGUCGGCAGUGGUUGUGCCGGACUAGGUGCCCUUUGGGCUUUGAAUCGCACUCACCAUGACGUCUAUAUCUUCGAGGCCGCUGAUCGUCUCGGCGGCCAUACUAAUACGGUAGAAUGGAAGAAGGGGAAAUUCACCACCCUCGUCGACACCGGCUUCAUCGUCCUCAACUCGGCAACGUAUCCGAACUUCCUUAACUUCUUGAAACGGAUCAAUGUCAAGACCGUGCCCACCCAGAUGACCUUCGGCGUCUCGCGGGACCGCGGGAGCUUUGAGUGGGCGGGCACGAGCCUCGAUUCCAUCUUCUGCCAGAGGAAGAAUCUCUUCUCGCCCAGGAUGUGGAGGCUGAUAUUCGACAUCAUCCGUUUCAACCAGUUCGCCCUUGACUUGUUGAAAGACGGCAGGGAAAGCUCUGGAGUUCCGGACGAAUCCGCGGAGACGAUUAGCCAGUACCUGGACAGGGAAGGAUAUUCGGAAACGUUCCGCAACGACUAUCUUAUACCUAUGGCGGCUGCCGUAUGGAGCACGAGCCCCGAUAAGUGCUCGUUGGAGUUUCCAGCGGUCACGCUCGCCCGAUUCAUGUGGAACCAUCACCUCCUCAGCACCGUAGCUAGGCGGCCGGAGUGGCUGACUCUGGAGGGGGGCGCGAAGUCGUACAUCGAUAAGAUGAUGAGGGGGUUCCCGCCGAAUCACAUGUUCUUGAAGACGGCCGUGAAGCACCUCACCAACGACGACGAUGGACGUGUCCGUUUGCACCUGGAAGAUGGGAGGACGGAAGUAUUCGACCACGUCAUACUGGCGACGCACGGCGAUCAGGCCUACCAGAUCAUCGCGCCGUCGGCCACGGAAGAGGAGAAGGCGAUCAUGUCGUCAUUCAAGACGUCAGAGAACACGUGCGUUCUCCACUCGGAUCUCGCGUACAUGCCGCGGCGGCGGAAUUCGUGGUCGGCGUGGAACUACCUGGCGGUGUCGUCGCCGUGGACGGGCAAGGAUAUCGACAAGGUAUCGCUGACGUACAACAUGAACAUACUGCAGCACAUCCCGCGGGCGGCGUUCGGCGACGUACUGGUGACGCUGAACCCGUACCAGGAGCCGCGACCGGAGACGGUGCAGGGCCGGUACACCUACUCGCACCCACUGUACACUGUGGAGGCGAUGCGGGCACAGCGGGCGCUGCCGCGGAUACAGAACAGGCGCGGGGUCAGCUACGCGGGCGCGUGGACCGGCUACGGCUUCCACGAGGACGGGUUCAGCAGCGGGCUGGAGGUGGCGACGGCGCACCUCGGCGCCAAGCUGCCCUUCGAGCUCGUCGACUCGACGUACAGCCGAGGCCGCAAGCCCCAGCUGGGCAUCGCCGACUGGCUGGUGCGUGCCGUGAUUUUGCUUCUCCAGAUGUUCGUCGUCGACGUGCUCGAGCGGAUCUUCAACCCGAGCAGGGCAGCGGCGCGGGCGCGAGCACGAACGCGGGCACGGGCGCAUGGCUCCGCAUCGACGCCUGCCACUACCACUACCGCCGCCACCGCUCCCUCGAUGGAACGCGUGCACGAGUACUACAAGUACAGGAAUAGGACCACUAUGUACUACACGCUCAGCGUCAUCCUCGGCACCGUCGCCUUCUCCUACGGAUCCGUGCCCUUCUACAAGAUGAUCUGCCAGACGACGGGCUGGGGGGGGCAGCCGGUCCGGGCGACGGGCCACGGCAGCGCCGGCGACGGGGACGCGGCGGCGCGGCUGACGCCGGUGGAGGGCGCGCGGCGGAUCCGGGUGACGUUCAACGCGUCGGUGUCGGACGUGCUGCCGUGGCGGUUCGUGCCGCAGCAGCGGGAGGUGCGCGUGCUGCCGGGGGAGACGGCGCUGGCCUUCUACACGGCGACGAACCGCAGCGACAGCGACAUCAUCGGCGUGGCCACGUACAGCGUCACGCCGGCCCAGGUCGCGCCGUACUUCAGCAAGAUCCAGUGCUUCUGCUUCGAGGAGCAGCGCCUCGCCGCCCGCGAGUCCGUCGACAUGCCCGUCUUCUUCUACCUCGACCCCGACCUCCUCAACGACCUCAACAUGCGCGGCGUCAACGAGGUCACCCUGAACUACACCUUCUUCAAGGCGAGAUACGACGACAACGGGAACUUCAAGGCCUUCCCGACUUCGUGA